CCUGUGAUUGGUGUAGCGAUGACAAAAGGGCGUGACUUCCAUGGUCCCGCCCUACGUAGCAGACUACUUAGAGGAGGUGGCGGCGCGUUUCUACUUACGGCGCCGCUGCACGGCCUGGCUAGCGGAGUUUGCUGCGGCCCUUGAGCGACUUUGCAGGCAGCCCCGGCGCCUCGACCAUCAUGCCGCGCUCGUUCCUUGUCAGGAAGCCCUCAGACCCCAACCGCAAACCCAACUACAGCGAGCUGCAAGAUUCCUCUCCGGAGCUUACCUUCCAGCAGCCCUACGACCAGGCCCACCUGCUGGCAGCCAUCCCACCGCCCGAGGUGCUCAACCCCACGGCCUCUCUGCCGACACUCAUCUGGGACUCCGUCCUGGCGCCUCUGGGCCAGCCCCUCGGCUGGGCCUCCCUGCAGCCCCAGGAGAGCCCCAAGGCAGCCGAGCUGACCUCCUUGUCUGACGAGGACAGCGGGAAGGGCUCCCAGCCCCCCAGCCCACCUUCGCCGGCCCCUUCGUCCUUCUCCUCCGCCUCGACCUCUUCCCUGGAGGCCGAGGCCUAUGCUGCUUUCCCCGGCCUGGGCCAACUGCCCAAGCAGCUGGCUCAGCUCUCCAUGGCCAAGGACCUCCAGUCUCGCAAGGCCUUCAACUGCAAAUACUGCAGCAAGGAAUACCUAAGCCUGGGCGCCCUCAAGAUGCACAUCCGGAGCCACACGCUGCCCUGCGUGUGCGCCACCUGCGGGAAGGCCUUCUCCCGGCCCUGGCUGCUGCAGGGCCACGUCCGGACCCACACCGGUGAGAAGCCCUUCUCCUGCUCCCACUGCAACCGCGCCUUCGCCGACCGCUCCAACCUGCGCGCCCACCUGCAGACCCACUCGGAGGUGAAGAAGUACCAGUGCAGGACCUGCGCCCGCACCUUCUCCCGCAUGUCCCUGCUCCACAAGCACCAAGAGUCCGGCUGCUUGGGGCGGCCCCGCUGACCUCCCCGACUCCAGAAGGAAGGAGCCUGUCCUUCCCGCCCCCUCGGAGUUCCCUUCUGAGAAUCCAUCUGGCUGCAUCCGACCCUGAGGACUUUGGUGAAGCCGCUUCUGGUUCUGUUCUGUCCACUCGGGGCCUGGGGCAGGGUGGCACCGAGAGAGGCCCUGGGUGCCCUUUGCUUGGAGUCCUUCCUGGCAGCCGUGUGGGAGCUUGCUCGGACUGGCCUCUUGGGUUUGUGUAUCCAGAGCCCUUUGGAUACAGCUCAGCCCACUCAGGCCCCACACACCCCUACCUCCGCCUCCCCAAGAAACCCUCAGGCCACUUUCCUCAAAGUGUGACUAACUAUGCAAUAGCCCACUCUGGGUGCGUCUUGUGCCUCUGGGGCGGUUUCAGGACACCAGGACGGACUUGUCCAGACCUCCAGGUGCCCCUGGGCCUGGGCAGCUAUUCAGCCUCCUGUUUGUCAUGGUGACACCUGUCUCAUGGGCAGUUUAACAGUGUCUCAAAAGGGACUGGGAGUAAUGGCCUUCAGUUGUCAGGGGCCAAGUGGGUGCUUCGGCCUGACCAAUGUGUCUCCCAGAACUAUUUUGGGGGCCCAACAGGUGGGCCUGGGAGAAAGAUGUUUACAUUUUUAAAGGUACACUGGUAUUUAUAUUUCAAUCAACAUUUUCUAUAAGGGAACAUUUUGUAUAGUGUUAUAUGUACAGUUUAUUGAUAUUCAAUAAAGCGUUAAUUUAUUAUGAA